UUCCGGUAGUGGCGGCGGGAAUCGGCUUUUCUCAAGCGGCUGCGACUAGGCCUCUGCAAAGGCAAAUCCGGCGGGAAUCUGAAGCAUCAGAGCCGCCACCAUGACGGUCGGCAAGAGCAGCAAGAUGCUGCAGCACAUUGACUACAGGAUGAGGUGCAUCCUGCAGGAUGGCCGCAUCUUCAUCGGCACCUUCAAGGCUUUCGACAAACACAUGAACUUGAUCCUCUGUGACUGUGAUGAAUUCAGGAAGAUCAAGCCAAAAAACUCCAAACAAGCAGAAAGGGAAGAGAAGCGAGUCCUUGGUCUGGUGCUGCUUCGGGGAGAGAACCUGGUCUCCAUGACUGUAGAGGGGCCUCCACCCAAAGAUACUGGCAUUGCCCGAGUACCCCUUGCUGGAGCUGCUGGAGGCCCAGGGAUUGGCAGGGCAGCAGGCAGAGGAAUCCCAGCUGGUGUUCCAAUGCCCCAGGCUCCCGCGGGACUUGCCGGGCCAGUGCGUGGUGUUGGUGGACCCUCCCAACAGGUGAUGACUCCUCAAGGAAGAGGCACUGUUGCAGCUGCUGCGGCCGCAGCCACAGCCAGUAUUGCAGGGGCCCCAACGCAGUACCCACCCGGCCGUGCUGGUCCUCCCCCACCUAUGGGCCGAGGGGCACCCCCUCCAGGUAUGAUGGGCCCACCUCCUGGAAUGAGGCCUCCCAUGGGUCCUCCUAUGGGGAUCCCUCCAGGACGGGGAACUCCAAUGGGCAUGCCCCCUCCAGGGAUGCGGCCACCUCCUCCAGGGAUGCGAGGCCUCCUUUGACCCUUGGCCACAGAGUUACGGAAGUAGCUCCACAGAGGCGUGGGCCCCAUCGCCCAGGGCCAAGUUGCCACAGGCCUGUUUGUUUGUUAUGCUGUUGUUUGGGGAGUCUCACUGGGUUGUCUGAUUUCCCUUACAGGGCCCCCUCCCCCAGGAAUGCGCCCACCAAGGCCCUAGACUCAUCCUGGCCCUCAGCUCCCCGCCUGUUUCCUGUAAGGCUGUACAUAGUCCUUUUAUUUCCAAGUGGCAUACGAAUCUGGUUUAUAAUAAACUCUU